CCAUCUGGUUUUGCCUUCAGGAGGAGAUUUUUUCUGCAGUGCUCAUGGCGCUUUCUAGAGCUCUGGUUUUUGCUUUGGUCAGCUGGGUUACCUUCACCUGUCUUGAGGCACAAAAAACCACAACUAUAAACUGUGAUGUGCCACCCGCCACACUUCAGCUGACAGGCUUUGUGGAUGGCUACACAGGUGAUAUAGAAUGGAUCACAGAUAUCCCAGCCAAUGUAAAUUUACAGUUAACAUCACCUAUAUUCCCUGAACACUUGAACUAUGUGCAGCUGGAAUAUAAUCCUGCAUUUAGGAAUGCAACUGUGAGGACUUCCCAGGCACUGGAUGUUGAGACUCUCAAGAGUGAAUUUGUCUGGUAUACCAUUGUUUGCCAGAGGAUUGGAACAGGUGCUCUGAUAGAGAAUGAACGGAACGUAGAAGUAAAAGACUUAAAUGACAAUGCUCCAAAAUUUCAACAAUCUGAUUAUAGUGCUUCAGUGUCAGAGGUGGCUGAAAUAAGUUUCACUGUUAUAAAAGUGGAAGCAAAGGAUGAUGAUUUUUCACCACAAUUCAACAUCCUCACUUACAGUCUCUCGGGUCCGGACUCAGAUUACUUUUAUAUAAGGCAAGGAGAUGGAAGCGUCAUAGUGAAUAAAACAUUGGAUUACAACAAGGUCCACCUUUUCAAUUUAACAGUCCAAGCAAAGGAACAAUUUGGAAACCAGAGUGACACUGCAUCCUUAAUAAUUAAUGUAGAAGAUUAUGAUACAUUGAAUCCCUAUUUCAGUCAAUCUGUGUACAAUGGGAAUAUCAGUGAAAACCAGGAGGGUGCUCUGACUAUUCUCCCAGAGGCCAUAUUGGCUCAAGAUGGAGACAGAGGCAUAAAUGAAACAGUAGUUUACAGCAUCAAACUAGUGAACCCCCCAGCCUAUAACAACAACUUCUCCAUCGAUGCAAGCACUGGAGAGUUGAAAGUAGAGACUGCCAUUGACAGAGAAAAAUGUCCCUCUCUUGUGGUGGCCAUUCAGGCAGCCCAGCGAGACAAGAGUUUCAAAACAGCCGACGCAGUAGUUCUGGUGACUAUUGAAGAUGUGAAUGACCAUGAUCCAGUGCUGUCCCAACCAAGUUACAAUGUCUCACUUCUGGAAAAUUUCCCAAAUGGGAUGGAAGUUCUUCGAGUCACAGCUACUGACGAAGAUGAGGGAGGCUUCCAGGGAACGUUUGCUCUCACUCCAGAUGACAGUCCCUUCCAGCUAAGUCAAGCUGGGAUCCUAACUGUGAGGAACUCCACGCUCUUGGAUAGGGAGAGAAUACCAUCUAUUCAGCUACAGGUCACUGCCAGAGACCAUUUGCCACCUCACGGCACCUCACGGGUCUCUCCAAUCAACAUAUUGCUGCUGGAUGAGAAUGACAACAGCCCGACCUUCAGAGGCACACCAUAUGAACAAGAGCUUUUCCUCAACAUGACUCCAGGAAUGGCCAUUCUUCAGGUUGCUGCUGAUGAUCCAGAUGAUGGUAUAAAUGGAGAGAUAAGCUUUAUCUUAGCUGGUGGCAAUGAAGAUGGAUACUUUGAAUUGGAUACAUCCACAGGACAAAUCAGUUUAAAGACAGUAAUCCCAUUAAGAAUCAACGAGCUUAAGAAGUUUGUUUUGUGGAUAACAGCUACUGAUGGUGGGGCUGUUCCAAGGAGUUCAUCAGUGCCAGUGCAAAUCGCUGCGGUUGGAGAUUCCAGACCACAGUUCACCCAAAAAACAUACAAUGUGUCCGUGGAGGAGGAGCUGGUCAGUCCUGUUGAAGUGGCAAAAGUAGAGUAUGAGUCCUUAAAUCCCCAUAUACCAGUUGAGUUUCAAGUGCUGACGGAAUCUGCUACGUUUGCCAUCGAUGACAUGGGAGUCAUCUCAACAAAAACCAAACUGGACUAUGAAUCCCAGAAAAACUACACACUGACCAUUUCCUUGUCAGAUGGGAACACUACUGACUAUGCUACAGUGUUUGUCACAGUUCUAGAUGUCAAUGACAACAGUCCUGUGUUUGGUGUAACCAACACCACCGUUAACAUUCCCGAGAACGUGCCACCUGGAACGAGCGUCGCCAGGGUGUCAGCAACAGAUGCGGAUGAGGGAUUCAAUGGGCUAGUGGUUUAUGCUCUGAAAGGUGGGGAAGGAAAAAUGGAUGUUGACACCUCAGGAUUAAUUUUGCUGGAAAAGGAACUGGACAGAGAAACCCAAGGUUCGUAUAACUUAACAGUGAUCGCCAGCGACCAAGGCCAACCCGCGCGGUCGACAGCUCUCGACCUGACAGUCAUCGUUGGUGAUGUGAAUGACAACCCUCCAGUCUUCUCAUCCAGUGUAUACACAGUGGAUGUCCCUGAAGAUGAAGUGCUGGGAAAGGCACUGCUGACAGUGUCUGCCACUGACUUGGAUGCUGGGGACAACGCCCUGGUGACGUACCAAAUUGUCAGCCAGCAACCCCAAACCCCCUCACCGGUGUUCCUUGUCGAUGCAACCACAGGCCAGCUCAGCCUGAACCAGCAGCUGGAUUAUGAGACCACAAAGCAUUUUCUAGUGGAAGUGGAGGCAUCAGAUGGAGGUCAGCCAAGUCUCAGCAAUAAAACCCUCGUAGUUGUGCAUGUAGUAGAUGUCAACGAUAACCCACCAGAAUUCAGCCAGGCAGCUUAUCAGAUAUCUGUGUUUGAGAACCUUCAGAAGGGAAGUCCUGUCUACACGUUCAGUGUUGCUGACAAGGACGAGGCUGGCUUUUCUCAGGGACACUUUAUUCAUAACAGUACCUCAUUUACUGUGGAUAUGCCUGGAAUACUUUCGUUAAGGAAUGACACAGAACUGGACAGGGAGACUACAUCUGCGUUCACUUUACAAGUGUGGGCAGUUGAUGCUGACACAGAUGGGCUUAAUUCCAGUGCCCUGUUCCAUGUCACUGUUCUGGAUGUCAAUGACAACAACCCUGAGUUCCAGAUGCAGCCAUACAAUUUUGAGAUUCCAGAAGGAGAGUACAUGUCAAGUGCUCCCGCCCAAGUUGGAAGUGUGACUGCCACUGAUUUGGAUGAGGGAGAGAAUGCCCGAAUUACUUAUUACCUAUCAGCUGAGGAUGGGGAUAAUCCAUACAGCAUCCAACAGGAUGGAACCAUUUUGGUGACUGCCCCUGUAGACAGAGAAACCAAAGAGAAGUAUGAGCUGCUCUUGGUGGCAUCUGAUAAUGGAGCUCCUCGAAGGCAGAAUUUCACCCAUGUCAGCAUUCAAGUGCUAGAUGUGAAUGAUAACCCUCCUCUGUUCACAAAGGCUCAGUACUCAGCCAGUGUAAGAGUGGCAAAUGCAAAGGAAGGAGAGUUUGUGCUGGCAGUGUCUGCUACUGACCCUGAUGCUGGGAACAACUCAGUCAUUUCAUACAGCUUCAUGGAUCCUUCUGAUGAUUUCCAUAUAAAUACCCUCACUGGAGAAAUCACCCUCAGCAGGAGCUUGGACCACAUCACAGCUGACACAGUUGUCACACUGAUAGUUGUUGCUGCUGAUCAUGGAGAUCCCCAGCUUACAUCGCAGGUCUCUGUCACUCUCUACUUGCUGGUAAAUGACACCAGCUUCGGGCUGACUUUUGAGAGCUCCAGCUACGAGUUCAGCAUCGAUGAGAACAAGCCAUCAGGGACUGCAGUGGGCUCUGUGAAGGCUCUGACUGGAAGCAUAGCUGUGCAGGUGGUGUAUUCCCUGAAAUCCCACCGGGACAAGUUCUCUGUGGGUGACCAAGGAGACAUCGUGGCCCUCGUCGGGCUUGAUCGGGAAGAAGUCGACCUGUACAGCGUCAUCGUGGAGGCUGUGGAUUCUGUGCUGCCACCCAACACAGCUGUGGCUUUGGUAACUGUGAGAGUUAAUGAUGCCAAUGACAAUUCUCCAGUUUUCCCAGCAUGGAUUCAAACUAAAUUAUCGGCUCCUGAGAAUGCAGCUGGUCUGGACUUGGGCACAUAUUCUGCUACUGAUCUGGAUAUAGGAGUUAAUGCACUUAUAACCUACUCUCUGGAAGAUGAUUUUGCUGGAACAUUCCAUAUUGACAGUUCUACUGGCAAGCUGAUGACAAAAACAUCCUUAGACAGAGAAACGGUGGACAGUUAUGAGUUGAAAAUAAUAGCCACCGAUUCUGGCAGACCACCCCAAUCCGCAAGCUUGGUGCUGAGCCUCACUGUGGAAGAUGUGAAUGACAACCCACCAGUGUUCCCCCAGAGAUCCUACUCUGUGACUGUGAGAGAGAAUGAGCCUCCACACGUGAUUUUGAGUGCAGCAGCCACAGAUGCAGAUGUAGGUUACAAUGCCAUUAUUCAUUACACCAUAACUGGAGAUACAACUUCAUUUCACGUUGGGGAACUUUCUGGAGACAUUGCAACUCUUGAACCUCUGGACUAUGAAAGUCGUUCCCAGUACACGUUUACUCUGAAAGCCUCCAAUCCCGGAGAGCCAAAUCUCCAGGACACAGCAAACAUCACAGUUAUUGUGGAAGAUGUGAAUGAAGAAGGACCUGUGUUUGACCAGCCCUCAUAUCACCAGAUCCUUCUGGACAAUUCUACAGCUGGCACUCUGGUAGUGGAUAUCAAUGCAAGAGAUGAAAGCAAGGAUUAUGAUGAAGGAAUUAUCUACAGUAUUACAGGUGGGAACUCAGAAGACCUCUUUAGUCUCUCCAGUACCACAGGAGAACUCAGGUUAACAAGAGACUUAUCCAAACAAACUGAACCCCAGUAUCACUCCUUGGAUGUCACUGCUACGGAUUCGGGUUUGCCGCCUCUUUCAACCUCUGUAAAGGUGUCAGUCACCGUCGUUCCCGUCGGCGUGUCCUUCCCGGUGUUCUCGGAGGCAGCCUAUCAUCCUGCCCCUCUGAGUGAGAAGGCACUGCCAGAUACAUUUGUGGUGCAGACCAAUGUGUUUUACAGUGCCCCUGUGAGCUACACUAUUGCCUCUGGAGAUGACAAGGGGUAUUUCAUGAUUGAUUCAUCCAGUGGUAUCAUAAGGACAACAAAGAAUUUAAAACUGGAAGAUUUUCCAGUAACUUUCAACGUUCGAGCAACAGACUUGACUGAUGCUGCCAUAUCUACUGAAGUUCCAGUGGAGGUGGAAGUUAUUGAUGAAAAUGAUUUCCCUCCUGUUUUCCCAUCCUCUCUGCUGGAAGCAACACUGGCAGAGAAUUUAACAGCUACUGAGAUUGUCCAGCUGAAAGCUCAGGAUAAUGAUACAGGUAGAAAUGGGUUGCUAACAUAUGGCAUUCUUAAUGGACACGGACUAAAAUUCAGGAUAAAUGAAACAACUGGAGUUCUAUAUUCCAAUACCACCUUUGAUUAUGAAGAGGAACCAACCGAGUAUCAGGUUGUGGUAUAUGCCGAAGAUGAUGGAAUCCCUGAGAAGAAGAGAGGUUACUGCACAGUUGUCAUAAAGAUCACUGAUGUUAAUGACUGGCCACCUGUCUUUGAGCCAGUGGCUGAAUUCAGUGUAAAUGAAAACGUGCCUGUGGGAUUCAUAGUUGGAAAAGUCACAGCAACAGACAGAGACACGGGAGACAAUGCCUUUGUUCUGUAUAAACUUACAGAUGGUGGAGAAAACAUAUUCGAAAUAGAUGAAAUACAGGGCAUCAUUAAAAUAAAGAACUCUCCAGACUAUGAAACCAUGGAUAAAUACAACCUUACAGUGACUGCAGUCAACAAUAAAUCUGCCCCUUUCUAUCAGGCAACUACUUCAGUCACUGUGCUAGUGAUGGAUGUGAAUGAUAACGCUCCAAUGUUUGCUCAGGAUUCCUAUUCUGCUUCCAUAAACAUGACUAAUCCUGUGGGUGCUCAUGUCAUAACUGUGAGUGCCACCGACAAGGAUCAGGGGCAAAAUGGCCUUGUUGAGUACUACAUCCUCCCGGAUCUGAACGUGAGCCCGUUCUUCCUGGUGGAAAACCCCAGUGAGGGGAAAAUAAUUACAACUGGAAACCUGCCUAGGUCUGGAGAGAUCCACUUAACGGUGAUGGCUAAGGACAAAGGCUCCCCUCCUCUAAAUGACACUGCUCUGAUCACUCUUAAUGUGUUUGACAACCGCCCCUUCGUCCCUCAGUUUAACAGGAGUGAAAUCAGCAUUUCCGUUUCGGAAAACACAGGAGUGGAUUAUUUAGUUUAUGCUCUGGCUGUGGUUGAAGCUUCAGGAACACUGAUUGAUUAUAGUGUUGUAUCUGGCAAUGAAAAAGGUCAUUUUAGAUUGGAUCCCACCAGUGGGGAGCUGAGGACAGCAGUUAAUUUGAACUACGAGGAAGUUCCUCAGUACGUGCUUUUAAUUCAGGCAACUCAUCUGCUUGGAAAAAUCUCAUCUGCUGCAGAGGUCCAGCAUUCAGGCCUGUUUGCUGAGAACGUGGCCAUGCUGACGAUCUCCGUGCAGGACGUGAACGAGGAGCCCGUGUUUGUGAGCGAUUCCUACUCUGCUCGGAUCCCCAGCUCUGUGCCCUACAGGCACCCCGUCAUUACAGUCCAGGCCACGGAUCCCGACUCAGGAGACAACGGCUUGGUGCUGUACAGUUUAGUGAACCAUCAAACAAAUGAAUUUGACAUCAAUGAAAAUACAGGGGAGAUUUUUACAGUUUCUGUAGCAGGAAAGGCUGGAACAUUUUAUCUGGAAGUCCAAGCUGCAGACCAAGGCACAAGAAGACUCACAGCCCGGACAACAGUCAAUGUUACUGUUGACUCCAGUUCCAGUAGCAACAUCGUGAUGGUGGUGCUUAACCAGCAGACCAAUGUUGUUGAAAGAAACAUUGCUGAAGUAAAAAGGGUCCUGGAAGAUAAACUUGCAUGGAAUGUAUACAUUGUUGAUGUUUAUUCCAAUGAAUUUGAAAGAAAAGCAAGAAGCAGCACUGAAGAAACCCAAAUAGAAAUUAUUGCUUUUGAUGAGGCCCACCAGGAAGUACCUGCACAGGAUGUAAAAAGAAAACUCAAGGAGCAGUCUAGAAACAUCGAGGCAGAACUGGAGAAGGUGUUUUCCACCUCUGUCACUGCUGCCGUCAGGGAGCCUCCUGCCGCCUCGGCGAGCCCGGAGCUCAUCGCGGCCAUCGUGCUCGGCGUCCUCCUGGCCUGCACCUUUGUCGCCUUCCUGGUCUACGUGGCCCUGGAUGUGAAAAGGAAAAGAAAGCAUGGGCAGCAGCAUUUGGUUAAGAAGCAAGCUGAAAGUAUGGAGGGCAUUGAUAACCCGUGGGCAAUGGACAAAAAUGGAAGUCUGAAAAGCUUAGAGAAACUAGAGCAUAUGAAUAAUGGGAGAAGCGAGGUGUUAUCAUUUGACAACAUAUACAGCACCAGAGGAGGGGAUGCUGACAAAGAUGAAAUUCAGGCCCCUGAAAAAGGCAAUUACCUUGAGACAAUACCGCCAGAUUACAACAGUGAACAUGAGGAUGAAGAAGCACCUGAAAAAGCUGCUGGACUUGGAAACACAGAGGCCCAGCCCGCUGUGGCAUUCAGAACAAAACAGGACUCCUUUCUGACAGACACAGCCCAGAAAUCCGCUCUUCCCAUAACACCUCAGCCCCCAUCACCUGCCCCUGGAAAAGAACUGAAAGGAGUAAAAUUUUCAGAAGUGGCAGUGAUUUUGGAUGCAGAUGAUGUGCCUGAAGAUGACGAGUCUGAAGAUGAGCCUGAAGAUGAUGAGGCUGCCUAUGACAUCUCUUUAUAAUAAUAAGGACACUUGAUGACGA